AUGCCACACGAAGGCUGGGAUACUGCCAGGUUGCCCAAGUCUAGACAGGGAAAUCGAGAGGAAGAGGUCGGGUUCGAACCACGGACCUCCUGGUCAGUAAAUUCGCGCUCUAACCACUUGAACCACGUCGCAUCGGUCGAAAAUAAAAACGAACAUCUUUUUGUUCCAGCCAUUCUUCACGAGUGGGGUGAACCAGACGUUUGCGGCGUUCACAUCAUUAUCUACGCUCCGACAAUCCUCCUAGUUGACAACCCAACCGAAAUGACGAACAGCUUGUCACGAGCGACGCGGCAGACUUGA